AGCAGUCACACAGUUGAAUGUUACAUUCAUUCACUGUCCGGUGGACUUCUCUAUUAUUGUUUAUGAGCUAUUUUGUUAAUAUGGUUAGGUUGAUUGCUAAAGCCAAAGGCCAAAAAAGCAGUUGCUUUUUCCUUUUAGUAACUUGCGUACACGCACACCUGCGCGCAUUUGCAUGUAACAUGUGGCACGAAUACAGAAGUAUCGAGUCCGUGUAAUGAAAGCAAUUGUGGCGAUAAAAUGCAAAAAAACGGAUCUUUUUUUACCCGGGAGCUCCAGUUUCGUGAAAUAACAACUAACGACAUGAGCAACAGCCUUCACAAUCAUGAACACGACUGCAUCUGCGUGAUUUUUUAUCUUAGAUAAAUGGACUGGGCUGCAUUUUUAAGGCUGUGAAUACCAAAAAUUAAAAAAACGCAUCGCGAAACUAUAGCGUGUUUACAAUACACGGUGUGUGAAAUUGUGUUGUUUUGUUUAUGUCGCUAAUUGUUAUUAAUGGAACUGGAAAUCAUGGGUCAGAAUCGCUCUGUUUUCUAAAACGCCCUCCACCGUCUUUUCGUGGCAUGAACCGUGUUAUAGCGAGCAGGCGUAGGUGAAAGUGAGAUCGCAUUUUGUAUUCGAUGUAUAGUUGCGCUACUACGCAGUUGAUGUGCUCGGAAGUUCAUGCUCUUCCGGACUCUGUAUAUGAGAUGAAUUUGUGACAUUUUCGAGUGGUAUCGGCAUCGGUUUGCGCCAUUCAACCAAUAAAGACAUAGAAAACUAUUGCUGUAAUAAUUGAACUGUACGGGUCGCAACUUUUUCGAUUAGCUAUAGCGCGUAUAAUGGCACUAUACUACCGUACGCUAGUGUGGGUGUGCGUUCUAUCGAUGACCUAGUGUCUGAAUAUUCUCACUUUCAUCGACUGGGUGUGCUUCUAAUUUUUUUUGUAGUUCUGGUGUUACUGCGUAGCCGAAUUCGUUCUCUGGUUUGCUCGUCCAAAAAGUGACUCGUUUCUUAGUUAAACUAAUAAACAGUUUCCGGGUUUCGUUUCUUAAUAGUUCACAGGAUCGCGUUUAACAUUGUAUCGUUGUGCUAGUGUUACUAUGCGCACGAAAAACAAAUUAAAUAUCCGAAAAGCUUCGAUCAACUAAAUUUAUAAUCUGUAAACGACAAUAAGGAGGAAAAGGUUUGUGCUUUGUAUUCACUCCCAUACGCUUGCAAAGAGCAUAUUCUGCAAUUAUCGAGCGAAUAACAUCGGAACGAUAGUGGUGUGGUUCCUAGAUUACCUCGGGCAUUGAUUUUUAAUAAAACAUCCUGUGUACCAGGUGUCCAUGCGAUGAGCGCGGAAAAGGUGGCAACGCAGGUCAAUGGUAGUGAAUCGAUGGUGAAGAAUGGCAAUUCUACGGCAAGGAAAAUUCUUCACGCUAAUGACGAAGUUAAUCUGGACUGUGACGCUGUCAGUGAUGUAAUCGCAAAUAGAUCGCCGGAUGGGACCAGCGGUGAGACUGACAACCGUGAUGUCGCUAGCGGCUUGGGAGAAUCUAUGCGCAAGCCCGCCGGUCUGCUAGACGACAAGCUGCGAAAACGCGUCCGGAAGCUCUCGCGUUCGAACAGCAAAGAUGGUCUACUUGGAGUAGCUGGCACGCCGAAUUUCGUAGCUCCGCAUCGUAAGUGGAAAAACAGUCGUCGCUCGCGUAACGUAUAUGGACGUGGGCUGCCAAAGAAGGGUGGUGCUGGUGGUAAGGGAGUGUGGGGUAAACCGGGCACCGAAGAGGUGUACGAUGAGCUAGACGAAGACCCCAAUGAUCCAAAUUUCGACAUAGAUGCUUAUAAUAGUAUGCACAAUGUUGAAUUGAAGGAGAUUGUACCACAGAUGACUGAACAAGAAAUUGUGAAAAAAAUGGAAUCCAUCAUCCUUGAGUAUUACGAACAUGGAGAUACACACGAAGUAGCCGACGCGUUUGAGGACCUGUUGACGCUGGAAAUGAAGCCGCUGGUGACGAAAACGGUCGUUGGGAUUGCGUUCGAUCAUAAGCAGUCGCAGCGUGAGCUGACCUCCGUCCUUAUCUCAGACCUGUACGGGCGUAUCGUUACCCGUGAAGACAUUUGUGCUGGUUUCGACUUACUGUUGGCUAAUCUACCAGACAUCAUGCUUGAUACACCGGACGCACCGCAUCUGCUGGGCAACUUUAUCGCACGAGCUGUCGCGGACGACUGCAUUCCGCCAAAGUACGCCUACGAGUCAGAGCGCGAGGAUCUGGAUUUGCAUGCGCGCGGAGCGCUUGUUCGCGCCACCACAUUGCUGUCAAUGCACGACGGUUGGGGCCACUUGGAUAACGUGUGGGGUGUCGGAGGGGCUCUACGUCCUGUCCAGACAAUUACAAGCCAGAUGUCGAUGCUGUUGCAGGAGUAUUUGCUGUCACGAGAUGUCGACGAAGCUCAGCGCUCAAUCAAGGAGCUGGAGGUACCACAUUUCCACCAUGAGCUUAUUUAUGAGGCAAUCAUUAUGACACUGGAAGCGCUUAAUGAAUCAACCGAGGCUGCCAUAUGCGAUCUAUUUCGAACGCUCGACAGUACCUGCAUUGUAACACCAGAACAGACAGAGCAGGGCUUUCGGCGUGUAUACGACGACAUGGCUGACAUCGUGCUCGAUAUCCCACUAGCCUAUUCUAUACUCGAUCGCUUCAUACAGCGCUGUGAGAGGGCGGGAUCGUUUCUAAGUGAAACUCUAAUCAAAGAUAUACCUACGCGGGGACGCAAGCGCUUUGUUUCUGAAGGGGACGGCGGCUUAAUCAAGCAAGGUUAUUUCCAUCGCGACUUCUAAAGCCGGACGAAGUUUGAAGCCACAAAUGGUUGUCGAUCGGCAGGUGCAGUGAACUAUGCGCUGAUACAUCAACGAACGGAAAAACAACAUGUUGUAUGUUCUAGCAGGUCUAAAAGUUGAAAUUACAUGUUCUUUCGAUGAAGGAAACACAUAACUUUCACAAGAACCUAAAUUUUUUAUUCCAAGUAAUUACCACUUGAUGCUAUACAUUUCACCCAUCUCUCAGGUAUAUUCUGGAUUCCUUUCCAAUAAAACUUUUGUUGUUUCGUCGAAAACCAUUCAUCGAUCCAUUUUUCGACUUCUUUAUAUUCGUCGAACUGCUGCUAUGCAAGUGUGCAUGUUCCAUUGAAGCAAAAAGGUGAGAUAAUCUGACUGGACCUGGUAUAAACAAUACAGGGGGGACGAUAAGGUUUCUCAACGAAAAGUUUCUAUUGCAUCUUUGUUGGGUCCGGUUCGUUGUCAUGUUACUGUAUCACUUUACUGUGUCUAUCUGGUUAUUCCAGCUUUUUUUCAUCAAUACAAAGCUUAAAACUAUCAUUUGUUUUCGUUAACGAUCUGCAUUCAUCGUUUUACAAGGUUUGGUACAACUUGUGGUACACCACACCAUUUCUGGUCCCACAACAGAGUCGCAACUUUUGGUUGCAACGGUUUGGUUUUACAAUGGAUGGGCCGGCUUCACCAUGAGAAAGCCAUAUUUUUUUACGCUUAGAGUUCUCAAAAUAAACUAAUUUUUCAGUACCAGUGGUAAUCUCAUGAAACAGAUUUCCUUUGAGAGCAUUCGAAAAACAUUUCAUAAAUUGUUUGGCGAUGCUCCAUUUUCAUUUCGCUCAAUUUUUGAGACGCCCAUUUUCCGAGCUUUUGGAUCUUUCCCAUGGUUUUUAAACGUUGCACAAUUUCUGGUUGAGACGAUUAGUAUUUCUGCCCAUUUUCUUUGUGUUUGGAUAGUAUCUGCACCCAAAAAGCUCCAGUAAUUAGUAGUCUAUAGUAGUAGUCCAGUACUCCUAUUCAAACCUUUUCAUUUCACCCCGAUAGUUAUUACCCUUCAGGUUGAAAUCCCCACUUUUGAAUUGCCGAAACCAUCUUUCACAGGUAUCUCUGUUGGAACAUGUUCACUAUAAGCUUCCACAAGCAAACGAUGUGCUUCGAACGCUUUUUCUUAAUAUGAAAAAAAGAAUGCCCUUCAUUCGGAACGAAACUAGACGUUUUUAAUACUCUGCUAGUUUGUUUUUUGCAGAAUGACCUUAACAUUUUAGAAUGACAUGUUGAAAGCCAAAUGAAAAAAUAACGUAUAUAUCAAUCGAAGAAGUGCAUACAGCGCUGUUAGCAACAUCUGAAAAAUUAAUCAAAUAAAUUCAACAAAUACACCUGGUACACAUUCUAAAUUUACACAUAGCCGCGAUCAAAUGCUACUCUACUAUCUGGUGGAUUAAAAUUGACGAUAACUUUGACUUUAGGAAGUCGUUAAGUUGGAUGCGUUAUUUGCGUUUUUCGUUACUUUUAUGAAAAUCGACAAUGAAAGCGGUGAUUAAUAGAGGAAAAUAGUAACUCUUUCACAUUUAGGAAGCCCAUGUUGAUUACAAAGGUACUGUCACAAACGACAGUUUGAUCGCCAUUAAGUUAUAUCUUUUCCCACACGGAGGAACAAGAUACAUUGUAAGAGUUCAUUUAUUAAAAAUAUUAAUCAUUUGGUUUAAAAUCAACUGAGAGAAAAUUAAAGUUUUCAUGAAUGUUUUUCUUGCAACGCAACGCUUAUAAGCUGAGGCCACACGAAGCGUAACGUAGUGUUUUUGGCUUUUCAGAUAAAUGCCAAACUGUUUACGCCUCGGCCAAAAUAUAUACGUUUUAACAGAAGCGCAACCAGUUUGGCAUUAAUCUGAAAUGACAAAAACAUCACGUUACGCUUCGUGUAGCCUCAGCUAUACACUUUAACUCUGAGUAUUAAUACCCAUAGUGCCAUUAAGUAUCACGAAAAAUUGAUGCAAAAUACAAAAAAAACAGAUUGUCAUCAAAGUUUACUUUUGGUCUAAAGAAGUUGACAUUUUGCAAGUAUUUCAAUUUAUGGUUUUUUUUUCUAAGCUGCCUACAAUUUUGGUAUGAUAAUAUUUAGGUAUUAUUCUUAUAAACAGAAAAAAUACAUGUUUGCUUUACAACUUUCAUUAUUUUAAAACAUGUUUCCACGAUUUCAAUUUGAAAUAAAC